AUGGCGAACCACCUCGAAUUUGACAUCUCAUAUGGCGCGAUUACUCCAUACUAUGUACAAUCCCCGUAUAGCAGCCGGCUACCGCCCGGCAGAAAAGGCGGGCUUGGCAUCGAAAAAGCGUCGCCGGCGCGAUUUUGGCCAUCUCCGUCCGUCUCGGUCCUCCCCAAAGUCAUCCAGAUCCUCCGCCUUCUUACAAUUCUUUACCAUGUUGGGAGGUUAUGGUCUCAGUGGACGCGGCGUUAUGCCCGUCGUGGCCCGCCAACGGUUCAAUGCCUUUUCUCGUUCCAGCCGAUCGGUUCGUCGUUGGCCGUCCUUUUCGCCAGUGUCCAGUGCAAGGUUGACUUUGUCCUACAGAUGUCCUCAUUCCGCUCGCAGGCCCUGAGAACCGCCACCCCUUAUGGCCAGGCAAGUAAGAUUCUGGCUGGAACUCGCUCCUGGCGGCCUGCAGCCGCGAUUGCCGGAGUGGCCGUCGCCCGCUUCAAUUCCACCUCGGCCCCUUCGACCACCACUUUCCCGACUGCUGAGAGUGAUCCCUCCGCCUUGAAGCCUUCGGACUCAUUUGAGUUGGACGUGUCGGACCUUUCCGCGGUUGACAUUAAUGCGAUCCCGGAACAGAUUGGGUAUCUGAAGCAGCUGGGGUUGGAUUUCGGCUGGGGCACUUCCUCCAUUGUCGAAUGGUUAAUUGAGCACUUCCAUGUUGCCGCGGGUCUCCCCUGGUGGGGUGGCAUCGUCGCCACUGGUAUUUUCAUUCGUUUGGCCCUUUUGGGUCCAAUGCUUUCGGCCGUGGAUGCCAGCACAAGGCUCAACAAUAUCAAGCACCUUACCGGUCCGGUUCGGAAGGAGAUGAUGAUGGCCCACAAAAGGAAUGAUACGGUGGAAUCGACCAAGAAACGGGCCGAGCUGAGCAGGCUGCACUCAUCACACGGUGUCGCUCCCUGGAAGGCGAUGAUCCCGAUGGCUCAGAUCCCCUUGGGAUUUGGCUGUUACCGAGUUGUCAACAACAUGUGCGGGUUGCCGGUGCCCGGAUUGGCCACGGAAUCUGUUGCCUGGCUGCAGGACCUCACUGUCGCCGAUCCAUACUUCAUCCUCCCAAUCGUCUCAGCCGUCUGCAUGCAUCUCACUCUCAAGAAAGGUGGAGAUACGGGUACGAGCCCACUGGCAGACUCGUCACUUAAGAAUGCUGUCUUCUUCGGUCUGCCCUUGUUAUCAUUCGCAUUCAUGGCUAGCUUCUCGGCCGCCCUCCAGCUCUACUUCACCACCACCGGUGUGUUUGCUCUGGGACAAACCUACCUAGUUAGCUCUCCCAGCUUUCGGAAAAUGGUCGGCAUCACCCAGGUGGACCCAAACGCCCCGAACUACGACUUGGUGGGCACGAUCAAAAACGAUCUUCGCAUGAUCGACGAAGAAUACAAAGCGCGAGUUGCCAAGCUGGCAGCUGAAAUCGAGGCGGCUGAGCGCCAAAGGUUGAGUUUCAUUGACCGCACCAUCGGGGAUGUCAAGGAGAGUGGGCUUCAGAUGAAGAAGGAAAUGCAAGAGAAGAUUGAAGAGUAUCGUGGCACUGGACCCGCUACGAAUGCGGAUGGGUCUGUCGCCGGGCCCCCAAGACUCAGUGAGAAGGACCGCAAGUUGGCGGAUGACUACGAGAGACGGAGGCAGGAGGAGGAGGAAUGGAGGCGUGAGGAGCGGAAUCAUGCCCGCCGCGAGGCUCAUCAGAGGGCCAUGGCCCAGCAGCGGCAAAAGGCUCAGGAGAGCUUCAAACCGGCAUCCAAAGCCAACCGGCCGUGA